CUCUCUCUCUAGUCUCUAUAAUCCGCCAACAAAAAGCAACAAAAACUAGUUCUCUUCGGGUUUUUUUUUUCUUCCUUCCUUCUUCAACAAUUCGUUUUCUCAAUUCUCAUCCAUGGCAACGCCUCUUCUCUCGCCGUCUUUCAGCUCGCAAGCGUAGAUCUAACUGCGUGCUGAUCAGAUAUUUAUGCUGAGCUUUUUUUUGGAGGAUUAGCUGUUGAGCGACCAGAGUCAACAAGGUGAUUAUGGCAACGCUGAAGUCGUCUAGGUCAAGAAAUUACGGCGCCGGGACGCCAGCAAAAGGGGGCAACAGAGACACCGGUCCGAAGCUCGAGGAGAAACUCAACGUCUUUAAAGCCGAUAGCUUCGACGCCGAUGGUUAUGUACAGUCCAAGUGUCAUUCUUUGAAUGAAAAGGAGAUUAGGCAGUUAUGCUCCUCUCUGUUGGAUCUAAAAAAGGCUUCUGCUGAGGAGAUGCGCAGAAGUGUCUAUGCUAACUAUACUGCUUUCAUUCGCACAUCAAAAGAGAUUUCAGAUCUCGAGGGUGAGCUUUCAUCAAUGAAAAAGCUGCUAUCUACUCAGGCUACUUUAAUCCAUAAUUUAGCUGAUGGAGUUCAUGUUGAUUCUUUAUCUGAAAUUGAUCCUGAUAAUGUCACACAUGACACUUCCAAUGAUGAAACAAGUGAACCUUCAGAUCUAGAGAAAUGGUCAACAGAGUUUCCUGAUUACCUUGAUGUUUUAUUAGCUGAGAGGAGAGUGGAUGAAGCCUUGUCAAGCCUUGAUGAAGGGGAACAAAUAGCUUCUGAAGCAAAGGAAAAUGGAACACUAAGCCCCACAGUCCUCUCGUCAAUACAAACUGCCAUUACAGAACGUAGGCAAAAAUUAGCGGAUCAGCUCGCUGAUAUUGCCUGCCAAACUUCUACUCGUGGUGCAGAGCUUCGUGCUGCUAUUUUAGCUCUCAAGAAGCUUGGUGAUGGUCCUCGUGCGCAUACUUUACUCCUCAAUGCUCAUUAUCAGAAAUACCAGUACAAUAUGCAGAAUAUGCGUCCAUCAAGCACCACAUAUGGAGGAGCGUAUACUGUGGCGCUCUCGCAAUUGGUAUUCUCUGCCAUUUCCCAAGCGGCCAGUGAUUCAUUGGCUAUUUUUGGUAAGGAGCCAGCUUAUACAUCUGAGCUUGUAAUGUGGGCUAGUAAGCAGACCGAGGAUUUUGCUCUCCUUGUUAAAAGGCACGCACUCUCAUCAUCUGCAGCUGCUGGGGGCCUCAGGGCUGCUGCAGAGUGUGUUCAAAUAGCUUUUGGACAUUGCGCAUUGUUGGAAGCUCAAGGACUGGCACUUUGCCCAGUGCUGUUGAAGCUCUUUAGGCCUAGUGUUGAGCAAGCACUGGAUGCCAAUUUAAAACGAAUUGAAGAGAGUACUGCUGCUUUGGCAGCAGCUGAUGAUUGGGAACUCACAUAUCCUCCAACCUCUAUGCGCCAGUCUUCAGCAUAUCAGCAUAAGCUUUCAAGUAGUGCUCAUCGGUUUUAUUUGAUGGUUCAGGAUUUCUUUGAGGAUGUCGGACCUUUGCUAAGUAUGCAAUUGGGCGGAAAAGCAUUGGAUGGUUUAUUUCAGGUCUUCAACUCUUAUGUCAACACACUCAUAAAAGCAUUACCUUCUUUAGAAGAGGAAAACAACUUUGAUGGUUCUGCAAAUAAAAUUGUCCGAAUGGCUGAGACUGAAGCCCAGCAAAUUGCUUUGCUCGCAAAUGCAUCCUUAUUAGCAGAUGACCUAUUGCCCCGGGCAUCCAUGAAGCUUUCUCCCUUCAAUUACAGGGAUGAACCUCAACGAAGGACUGAUAGACAAAGCCGUCAUCCUGAGCAAAGGGAAUGGAAAAGGCGUCUUGUGAGCACUGUUGACAGAUUAAAAGAUAGCUUUUGUCAACAGCAUGUUCUUGACCUAAUUUUUACCGAGGAAGGUGAUAGCCUUCUUACUGCAGAAAUGUAUAUAAACAUGGACGGUAAUGUGGAGGAUAUAGAAUGGUUCCCUUCUCAAAUAUUCCAGGGGCUCUAUAUAAAGCUAAACAGAAUAGCUGCCAUAGCUGCAGAUAUGUUUGUGGGACGGGAAAGGUUUGCAACGUUGUUACUGAUGAGACUCACAGAAACCAUUAUCUUGUGGCUUUCCCAAGACCAGAGCUUUUGGGAUGAUAUGGAGGAAGGACCACGACCUUUAGGCCAUGCCGGUCUUCAGCAGUUCUAUUUGGAUAUGACAUUUGUGAGAUGCUUUGCUUCCCAAGGACGCUACUUAUCUAGGAAUUUGAACCGCAUCGUCAAUGAGAUCACAUCUAGGGCAUUGUCUGCAUUUGCUACAACGGGGAUGGAUCCUUAUAGCAUUCUUCCCGAGGACGACUGGUUCACUGAGAUUUGCCAAGACGCGAUGGAGAGGCUGAGCGGGAAGCCCAAAGCUACCAAUGGGGAACGAGAUUUGAACAGCCCAACAGCUUCUGUCUCGGCGCAAUCAAUAUCCUCUGUGAGAUCUCAUGGGAGCAAUUGAUGUAUACUCAUCAUUAGACCUUUGUAAAGUAUAGAUGAACAUAUUCAUUGCAUGCAUAUAGAUUUUGCAAUACUUUCCAUAGUAAAUGCUCCAUGCACUGUUGCUCUCAUCUUGCUUGACUAGGACAACUGUUGUGACCCCAGACACUGUAAAUGGUAAUGUGAAAUCUACAUAGAAACCAGUUGCCUCC